CUCGGUGUACUUAGUAUAUUCAGGGUACUCUGACGUCAACUGUACACAGAUCGUAACACUCGAGAUAAAGGGAUGAGCUCCACUGGAAUUCCCACCGAGAGACAAUUAGUGGGUAGAAGCGGAAGGCGUCAUGGUGCAUUUUGGAGAUAGUGAAGGACUCAGAUGUUGCUAAAGCAUACAGAGGACCCCCAACUACAUAAGGCUUAGCCCUUUGAGCUAUGCGGCUUCCUUCUCUCUUCACCCUCCUGCUGGGCCUGGGAGCGGCACUGGUGAGAUCCUCAGACCCUGAGCCAUGCAACUGUGGAGAGAAAGCAAAUGUGUGUUCGGUUGCCGCUGGGUUGCCGGGCAUCCCUGGGAAUCAUGGACUACCAGGAAGAGAUGGACUGCAAGGCCCCAAAGGCGAACAAGGAGAGCAAGGAUCACGAGGAACACAGGGAAUCCCAGGAAAAGCUGGACCUUCUGGGACUAAAGGAGACCUGGGUGAGAAAGGACAAAAGGGGGACAGCGGAGGCAGUGAACUUGAACGUCUCAAUGCCCACAUUAACGACCUGCAAGAACAGGUGAAGGCGCUGCAUGGAAUUGCAAGCAUAACACACAAAGUCAUUCUAGGUCAUGUUUUCCCACACAUCGUAAGCGUUGGACAAAAACUGUUUGUAUCCAAAGGAGCUGAAGGCAAUUAUGAGAAUUCCAGAGCAGCCUGUUCCCAUCUGGGUGGCCAGACUGCCUCUCCGAGAAGCGCUGAUGAAAAUAACGCCCUGACCAAAAUAGCUGCAAAGCUCGGGAAAUACAUCUUUCUUGGAAUGAAUGACCAGGAGACAGAAGGUGCCUUUCAGCAUUUGAGUGGGGAACCGAUGCAGUACUCAAACUGGGCAACGGGGGAGCCAAACAGUGCACAAGAGGACUGCAUAGAAAUGUACACGGAUGGCAGAUGGAACGACAAGUCAUGUUCAGAGAACCGGCUGAUAGUUUGUGAAUUAUUAUCCAUCUGACUCGGAAUGUUUCACAAAUCCAUCUCUAGUUCAUAGUAAGUUUCUAAAUUGCAUCAUGGUGAAGGAAAGGAUUACACACACACACACACACACACAAAAUCUGCUCAUUGUAUGGUGAUGCCAGGGCUUGUGAGAAGGGGAACUGGGGGUGCAAAAUUAUUGGGGCCCAGAUGGCUCUAUGGGAGAAGUGUGUCUAGGGUUGCCAGGCCAUGCAGCUGCUGGGAGGUUUGGGGGCAGGGAAGAAGAAAAAAAAGCAGAAGUAGAAGUAGUAGCAGUGCAGAUUUAUACCCCGCCCUUCUCUCUGUGUCAGAGACUCAGAGCAGCUUACAAUCUCCUUUAUCUUCUUUCCUCACAACAGACACUCUGUGAGGUGGAUGGGGCUGAGAGGGCUCUCACAGCAGCUGCCCUUUCAAGGACAACUCCUGAGACAGCUAUGGCUGACCCAAGGAGGAGUGGGGAAUCAAACCCGGUUCUCCCAGAUAAGAGUCCGCCCACUUAACUGCUACACCAAACUGGAGAUGUGGAGGCUGCAAUGAGCCUGCUCCAGUGGGGAGGGCGGGACAGAUAUCACAUGAAGAAAUAAAAUAAUGUAACAUGAUAAAGAGUUUCCAGUGAUUCCUAUAGCUACCCUCUAUCACUUCUGGGUUUUGACAGGAAGUGAUCUAACAGUAUAUACGACGCUCAGAGGUCAUUUAAAUAAAAUGUUAUUAUUAUAAAUGUUAUUAUUUUAUAGAAAAGGGGGUGCAGGAGCUCAUUAGCACGACUCAUUUGCAUAUGCCACACACCCCUGACAUCACCAGAAGGUGGACUAAACUACAUCAGCUCAGCAUCUUCCUUAAUAUGCUUCUUGCCGUAUAAUUGUUGUAAUAAAACCUUACUCUCAUCAUA